AUGCCAGACAUGGCGCAUGUAGGGAACCGCUGGUCGCGGCACCGGCGUGCUGAAGGAGGCCACCGAGCGAAGCAAGGCGGGCGAGUCGGACGCAGCGGUUGGAGAGGUGCCCACAAUGCUCACGCAUCGCAACCCGCGGGCAAAUCGCUCGAGACGUGGGAGGUGCCUUGCGAGGAGGUUCGCAACAGCGAUGCAACAUUACAGCUGAGGUCUGGGAUUCAGAUGCCUCGUUUUGGCUUAGGCACCUGGCAAUCACAGCGUGGUGGAGAGUGCAAAAGAGCGGUAGCCGAGGCAUUGAGGGCCGGCUACCGGCUCAUUGACACAGCCCAGGCCUAUGGCAACGAGGUCGACGUGGGACAGGCCUUACGAGAGGCAAGGCUCCACAGGAACGAGGUCUUCAUCGUGACGAAGCUCAACAGUCGAGAGCAUGGGGGCAGCCACGCAGCUGCUGCUUUGAAAACUUCACUGUCACGGCUGCAGCUGGACUACGUUGAUUUGUUCCUGAUUCACAGCCCUCGGGGUGGUUUUUUGCUGGAGACUUGGGAUUCCCUGAUCGAGUUGCGCAACGCCGGCCUGACGCGUGCUGUCGGCGUGUCCAACUUCGGUGCCCAGCAGCUGAUGUCGCUGCAGCAGGCAGGCAGGGAACUGCCGGAGGUCAACCAGAUCGAGCUGCACUGUUUUUGGCAACAGCGGGAGACGGAAAGCCUCUGCAACGAGUUAGGCAUCGCGUUGAUGGCGUACUCGCCGCUGGCCCGUGGCAGCCUCUUCGGUGCCACUCCGUUGGCCCAGCUCGCUCAAGAGAAGGCCUGCUCUGAAGCCGCACUCUGCAUCCGCUGGGCCUUCCAGAAGGGUUUCAUCGUCAUCCCCAAGUCCGUGAACCCACAGCGCAUCCUUGCCAACAUUGCAGCUCUCCGUGGGCCAGGGCUGACACCACGUGAGAUGCAGGGCCAUGCAGACGCCCUGGGAAGAGGUAGCCAGCAAGGAGAAACACGAGACUAUACGUGGAAGCCGCCCCCCUCCCACGACUGA